AUGAGCUCUUCAGACAAAAUGAUCCGCAUCGUCGCUGGAACAUACGAAGGCUUGCUCUACGGCUGGCAGUGCCCCGUCGUGGUCAAUGGCACGUGCACCAAGAUGAAGCUCACGUUCGGGUAUGCAGCGCACGUUGAAUGCAUCAAGAGCGUAGCGUUAAUGGGCGCGAAACAGGGCAAGACGCUUGUCUCGGGUGGCAGCGACGAGAUGAUCAAGAUCUACAAUGUGGACAAGCGCGUGGAGGUUGGGAGCUUGAUGGAGCAGCACGGUGCUAUUACGAGUCUCGAGUUCUUUGGCCAGAGCCACGUACUUAGUGGCAGUGCAGACCACUCGAUCUGUAUCUGGCGGACGUCCGACUGGAACUGUGUGCACAUUCUCGGGGGUCAUAAGGGUGAGAUUAAUGCACUUGCAGUGCAUCCGAGUGGAAAACUGUGCUUUUCAGUGGCACGUGAUCGCACGCUGCGCAUGUGGAAUCUUGUGAAGGGCCGGAUCGCCUUUAUUCGACGACUGGAGAAAGAGGCGGAGCUCGUCAUGAUCUCGAAAAAGGGCACGCACUAUGCGCUUGGAUUUGGCACGCAUCUGUCCGUCUUUAAUAUGAAUGCAGAGCUGGUGGGCACACUGGAACACACGAAGAAGAUUUGCUGCGCUGUUUUUGCGAUGGAUCAAUACGUCGUCUGCGGAGGCGAUGACAGACAUAUUUAUAUCUGGAAGACGAAUGGGGCACUUGUUGGAAAGGUAACGCAUAAGGAUAUUUACGCUCGCAUUCGAUGUCUCCAAGUGGUGUAUCCACACGGCGAGGACAAGCUGCCAUGGAUCGUGCUAGCCACGUCUGAAGGGACGUUUCAGAUUUGGGAUUUUGCUUCGUUCACAUUAGAUGAGUCGUCGCCAGAAGAAUCGAACAAGUCAGUGGAGCCGCUGGCUUCGACGACCCUCCUCACGAAACCUCGUGUGACAUGUCUUUCUGUUGUUGUUGCGAGCGAGAAGUCUGGCGAUGAAGAAGCAGAGCAUGAAGCUACUUUCACGACGAUUAAGAAAAUCAAGAGGAUGAAAAAUGCUUUGGACAAGAAGUCUCCAGCUCCAGCCGCUGGUGUCCCUCACGUCGUCGUUGAGAUCGAUGAAGAAGCUGGUUUUUCAAAAAAGCGCACAAAGGCUGCAAGUACGCAGAAACGCAGUAACAAAAAGAAAAAGCAGAAGAAGCAGACGAAGUCGCAGCAGUAG